AGUGGAAGUCGUAGCCCCGUAGGCCACACCAUUCACAAAACCACCGAUUAACUGCUGAAAGUUGAGCGAUUCCGCCGUGCGAUUGCUCUCACUCGCCGCCCCGCCACUCGGAGGAGCCCUACCUGCCGGCGAUCGAGAAUAAUUGUACAGAUUUUGGUUGUGAAGUAUUUGAAGAAGAUAGGGUACUGCUGGGAUGCAAAGGAAAAUCACAUUUCUUGAUUCCUACCUUGACAGGCGUCUUUUUUGAUUUUCGGUGUUAGAGUUAAAAAAUUCAAGAUACAUCGACAGGGUUCAGGGGGCGACUUGCCCCUAAGUGGCGAGUUUAUUCCAUACCCUGUUGUACGUAGGGCGAACUCCUUCCAAGCUGUUGCAAUGGACAAGGAUAUGGAGGGUGGGAACUUGGGUCCCUAUCAGGAGCGACCAAGGACUUUCCCUGACAUGCGCAGUAAACCUAACACACCUUUGAUUUUUCGCCUACUCAUGAGAAUAAACACUCGUGUCCUUUUGGUGCUUCUGCUCUUUGGACUUGGAGCUCUUUUGUAUAUUGGCGCAAGUACCUCACCAAUUAUUGUGUUUGUAUACUCUGUUUGCAUACUAAGUUUCGUAGUGUCUAUAUACCUCACUAAGUGGGUACUUUCUAAGGAUGAGGGGCCUCCUGAGAUGGUUAUGAUAUCAGAUGCUAUACGUGAUGGAGCUGAAGGUUUCUUCAGAACACAGUAUGGAACUAUUUCAAAGAUGGCUAUUUUACUUGGAUUAGUAAUCCUGAGCAUAUACCUGUUUCGCAAUACGACUCCUCAGCAAGAAUCAUCAGGUUUGGGGAGGUCGACAUCUGCUUAUAUCACUGUUGCUGCAUUUCUUCUUGGGGCACUUUGUUCUGGUGUUGCUGGUUAUGUAGGAAUGUGGGUCUCCGUACGUGCAAAUGUUCGGGUGUCAAGUGCAGCAAGGAGAUCUGCAAGAGAAGCACUGCAGGUCGCUGUUCGUGCUGGUGGUUUUUCGGCACUUGUGGUUGUUGGAAUGGCAGUCCUUGGUAUUGCGAUCCUUUAUGCCAUUUUUUAUGUUUGGUUACGAGUUGAUUUACCAGGUGGCAUGAAGGUUACUGACUUGCCUCUGCUUCUCGUUGGAUAUGGUUUUGGAGCUUCAUUUGUUGCACUUUUUGCUCAGUUGGGUGGUGGAAUAUAUACAAAAGCAGCAGAUGUCGGGGCUGACCUUGUUGGUAAGGUUGAGCAAGGUAUUCCUGAAGAUGAUCCUCGUAAUCCUGCUGUCAUUGCUGAUUUGGUUGGGGACAAUGUUGGUGAUUGUGCUGCCCGAGGUGCUGAUCUUUUCGAAAGCAUUGCUGCUGAAAUUAUUAGUGCCAUGAUACUUGGUGGAACAAUGGCACAACGCUGUAAAAUAGAAGAUCCAUCAGGCUUCAUUUUGUUUCCACUCGUAGUUCAUUCAUUUGACCUGGUGAUAUCUUCAAUUGGAAUCUUUUCUAUUCGUAAUGUACGCGAUCCUGGAGUCAUUGGCGUUAUAGAGGAUCCAAUGAAAAUUCUUCAAAAAGGAUAUUCCGUGACAGUGAUCUUAGCUGUGCUAACAUUUGGUUUGUCCACACGCUGGAUGCUGUAUACUGAUCAAGCUCCUUCUGCUUGGUUGAACUUUGCCUUGUGCGGCCUGGUUGGGAUAAUGACAGCUUACGCAUUUGUAUUGAUCACAAAGUAUUAUACUGACUACAAGCAUGAACCUGUUCGCACACUAGCACUUUCUAGCUCCACUGGACAUGGGACUAAUAUAAUUGCUGGAGUUAGCUUGGGUCUGGAAUCAACAGCUCUUCCAGUCCUUGUCAUAAGCGUAUCUAUUAUCUCAGCAUAUUGGCUGGGCCAUACAUCAGGGCUGGUUGAUGAGUCAGGAAAUCCAACAGGUGGAUUGUUUGGGACUGCUGUUGCUACCAUGGGAAUGCUCAGUACAGCAGCAUAUGUUCUCACAAUGGAUAUGUUUGGGCCAAUAGCUGAUAAUGCUGGUGGAAUUGUUGAAAUGAGUCAGCAGCCUGAAAGUGUGCGCGAAAUUACUGAUGUUCUCGAUGCUGUUGGGAAUACUACAAAAGCUACGACCAAGGGGUUUGCAAUUGGAUCUGCAGCACUGGCAUCAUUUCUUCUUUUUAGCGCCUAUAUGGAUGAAGUGUCUUCUUUUGCGCAUUUGCCCUUUAAUCAGGUUGACAUUGCCAUCCCUGAAGUUUUUAUUGGUGGAUUGUUAGGCUCUAUGCUUAUAUUUCUGUUUAGUGCAUGGGCCUGUGCUGCAGUUGGAAGAAGCGCUCAGGAAGUUGUUAAUGAAGUUAGAAGGCAGUUCAUUGAGAGGCCAGGAAUCAUGGAUUACAAGGAAAAACCAGACUAUGGCCGAUGUGUAUCCAUUGUUGCUUCUGCAUCAUUAAGGGAAAUGAUAAAACCUGGAGCAUUGGCCAUAAUAUCGCCUAUAGUUGUUGGAUUUCUAUUCCGGAUACUUGGCCAUUAUACAGGCCACCCUUUGCUUGGGGCCAAGGUUGUGGCUUCCAUGUUGAUGUUUGCCACAGUGUCGGGCAUCCUCAUGGCCCUUUUCCUCAACACAGCCGGCGGCGCCUGGGAUAAUGCAAAGAAGUACAUAGAAACAGGUGCACUAGGAGGCAAAGGCAGCGACUGCCACAAAGCCGCAGUCACCGGUGAUACGGUUGGAGACCCGUUCAAAGACACGGCAGGGCCAUCCCUUCACGUGCUCAUCAAAAUGCUGGCCACCAUUACACUAGUAAUGGCUCCCGUGUUCCUCUGAACGCCGGGCACUUACUUCACUGAUUAGACAGACAGACGCCAAAUGCAUGCUUGUACACACUAAUGAACUAGCUAGCUAGCUAGCUGGCUCUUCUUGAUGUAAAUGGUGUCUACUCGAAAUAACGUUAUUAGUGACCCCCCAGAUUGUUUGUUUCUAGCUUCAAUGUGAGUUGAGUUGAGUUGAGUAAAUUUUGGACAGGAACAGUUGCAUUUUCUUGCUCUUGAUAUACUUUGAUUCACCCGGGAGGAAAUAUACAGAGACAGAUUCAGUAAUUAGAUAUUGACAUAACAAUCCUGUAAAAAAGCCAAAUUGAAGAAAGUCUCCCUUUUACGACAUAUAAGUUCUUCAAGACAUUGAACAACUUUUUCCAUAUUUUAUUUUGUAAGAACAAUGUCAGCUCAGUGUAUUUGUGUGUAUUUACAUAUAUAUAUUUAUAUUA